AUGACUGCUCUCCGGAACCCAAAGGGAACAGCCAUUGCAUCGAGAAGGGGGAUGGAGAAAAUCAUCUACGACUUCUACUCUGAUCUCUUCGACAGCCGUGUCCACUUGCCUCCUCACCAUCUGAGGGAAGACGGACAAGUCAUUCCAGAGAUUCUCCCGUCCAAAAUACGACAUGCUAUCAGUAAGAAGUCGGUAAGAAGUCGUACGGCACCCGGUCCCGACAGAAUAAGACCAGAACACCCGAAGAACCUUCCGCCAGUACUCAUCAACACCUUGGCGAGGCCCUUUACCUGUCGGAAUGCAAGGUUCCUCAACAGUGGAAGAUCAGCAAGACCGUGUUGUUGUAAAAAAGGGGAGAUCUACAUGACAUCGGCAUCGGCAGCUAUCGCCCAAUCUGCUUACUGUCCGUCAUCUAGCUCUUUACAAGAAUGA